AUGGGAAAUUCUAAUAGCACACUUGCCAACAAUGGUGAGGUAGACGAAGAUGGUGUAGAAACUUCUGGUGGAGGUGGAAGCGGUGGUGGUGGUGGAGGUGGCGGAUCAUCACUCAGAGGCAACAAAUACAAGGUGCAAGUCAUAGAUUUGGAUGGAAGACUACACGUCGACUUUAAAAACAGAAACUUGAAGAAACUGAAAGUAAAGAUCUUUAGCAGUUUGCUCGACACUGUGGAAAUAGUACGACCUGAUUCACUUAACAACUCUGAUUAUCUAAAGUGUAGAAACACCAACGAUUAUGUUUUGAUUCCAAAGCAACAACAACAACAACAGCAGCUAGCAUCGACUUCACACACUACAUCGACCUCACCAUCACCAAGUGUAUCGGGACAGCAACAACCAUUUGUUGUUGUCAGUGCGACUGGCGACGAAUCUAGUGGCUCAACCACUAUUUCAAAGUCAAAGUCGUCAUCUUGGUUGCAUGGAUCACCUUCCAAUUCGACACCUCAGUCAUCAUUGAUCUAUGAUACGAGAAAGUCAUCGACCGAAGACCCAGCGAUAGUCAACCACACAUUCAUGUCAUCGUCGCCAGUUCCAUCACCAAGCAGCUCACCAUCCAAGAAAUACAGGCUACACCAACAGCUGAAUCCACACUUGGAAAUCGAAACACUAGGUGAGAUCAUCGCCAAAGAACAACAGCAACAAGAACAGCAACAACAAGAAGAUUCAACUAAAACCGUUUCAGUAUCAUCAGAACAUAUUCCUGAGAGUAACAAGAGUAACACUGACAGUUCAUCGACUUCAACUACCACUACAACAACAACAUCAAGUGGAACCAAACCAAGUAUCAAUUUAAAUAUUGCCAAUACUACCACUAACAAUAGUAGCGGUAGCAGCAGUAAAUCUUCAUCAAAAUCAUCAUCUUCCAAAUCGAAAUCAUCAUCAUCAUCAUCAAAGAGAUCAACCUCUUCAUCACAACAAUCAUCACAGUCAACCAAUAUAGUUAAAGCAGUACCACCACCACCAUUAAUUCUUAAUGGUAAAAACAUUGUCAUUCACACGAUCGACCUCAGUUUGAAUCGAUUAGAGUUUGUUCAAGCCGAAAUUUUCGAGGUCCUCGCCGAAAUGAAGGUUGAGGAAAUUACAUUCUCAACCAAUUUCUUCUCAAUGGUGCCACCCUAUCUUGAGCUCAUCAAGACACUGACAUCGCUCAACUUCAGUCGUAACAAACUGAAUAGAUUCCCAAUCGAAGUAUUUUCACAUCUACCAAAUCUAUCACAUAUUACACUUGAUAAGAAUAGUAUUUCAUCACUUCCAGAUGACAUAGAUAAAUGUAAAAAUCUACAAUAUAUAUCAAUGAAACACAAUACUGUGGAUUCAUUACCAGCAUCAUUUUGUAAUCUUACAAAGUUAAAAUCCAUUGAUUUUACACAUAACAAAAUACGUUCCUUACCGAAUGAUUUUGGAAAAUUAACCAACUUAAAAUCAAUUUGGUUAUCCUGUAAUUAUAUUCAACAUUUACCAUCGAUGAUAAGUAUGGUCAAUUUGACAAUGGUCGAUCUCUCAUCGAAUCGACUGCAAUCAAUCUCCAAAGAUUUUGCAUAUUUGGCUCCGAAAGCUGUGAGAUCGAGAGUUGGUGGUAUAGCUACUGGCCGUCAAUCUCAGGAUAUUGAGGAGGCUCUCAUUGAAGGUGGCGGACUUGGUUGCCUGAAGGAAGUGAACAUACGUGACAAUCGUGAUGUCCUCUCGGUUCCACUCGAAUACCGUGCAGUGGAGUCGGUUCUCACCAUGUACACCAGUCUGCCAACCGAGAUCAUUCCGAACCUUUUCCUCGGUGGUCUCGACAGUGCCAACAAUGCAUCGAUCCUCCAGUCUCUGGGAAUCACACAUAUCGUAUUGGCAAUCGGUGAUCUCGCACCCUAUUUCCCGCGUCAGUUCAAAUACUAUACGAUUGACGAUGCGCGUGACACUCCCAACUACGAUCUCUCUGUGCACUUUGAUCAGACUACAUCGUUCAUCGAGCAGGGACGCAAGGUAGGCGGUGUCCUGGUACAUUGCCGUGCCGGUAUCUCUAGAAGUUCAACGCUCAUCAUUGCAUACCUCAUGAAAUACCAGAAACUAACAUACCGAAAUGCAUUCAAUUUCACACAGUCAAAGAGACCUCAGAUCAUGCCAAACAUUGGAUUCAAAGAUCAACUUCUCAAAUAUGAAAACAAAUUAGAUAUAUCUAGCAAAUAA